AUGUCCACUUAUAUCAUUGGCGACAACUCCGGCGGGAAGUACAUCCCCGGCAAGGAUGGGAAGGAUGCCGAGGAGACCCUCAAGCUCCCCACCCACUUUCUCGACACUGACAAGGACGCGGAUAUCCUCGGCCUGAGGCUGCUUCAUGACCGCGGAGCUGUAUACACAUAUAUGAAGGAGGGUUCCGACUGGAAGAAGAGGCCGGCCAUGGCCGCAACGGGUUCCGACGCGGUCAUCAAGAACUUCGAGAAAUGGGACGGAGAUGACUACGAGACAGCGUACGCUGUCGUGCCAUACACGACCCACACCGAAUGCAUGGUGGGCUUCGGAAGCCGCAAGAUAUGGUUAAACAACGGCAAGGAGAUGAAGAGCCGGAUGGUUUCAGAUGGGUCCAACAACAACAACAUCGAGCUCCGGGACGGCACUGUAGUCAUAGCACUGUCCGGUUUCAGUCCCAACGGCAGGUUUUACUUGUACGCUGUCAAAGCAGACGAGAUGCUGGCAGGCAAGGACGGAGAACGUCUGGACGAGCUAGUUUUCGAUCCACCUGGAGACGAGACGAAGGACCUUAAGCUUGUCUCCAGCGAUAACCGCUGCCUGCUAUGGAACAAGUCGAACAACGCGGUCUACGAGCUCAUCUUCAAGGACAUCAAAACGCAGCCUACGUCCAACGUUAUCUGGGACAGCGAGAACGACCCGGUCACCAACAUCUUUGGCGGCACUGACGGCCGCUUCGCUAUCUGUACGACAAUGGGUCAGUAUCUCCUGAACGGUGACAAGCUGGAGAAGCUCGAUAUCCCCGACAAGUACAUCGACGGCGAAACGGACCGCUUCCUCCUAGGCGAUGGGUGGGAGCUGUUCUUUGGAUGGGGUGCGAUCUUGGGUAGGGGCAAGACCAAGGAGCUUAAGGAAUGGACCGAGAUCAAGUUACCGAAGGAUGCGUCGGGUAAGGAAGGUCCUUUCGAGCCUGGCUACAUGCAGCAUCUCUGGGCAGCUCCAAAGGCGUGGGCGUUCAGAUUGCAUUAG